AUGGUCAACAGCAGCAUCCCCCUCGACCCCCUCCUCCUCAGCACCCUCGACCAGCAACCGCCCACGCCAGCACCCCCAGCAAAGCCCCGCCUGCCCAAGUCCAAGCUAGUCCAAUGCGACCAGCUCAACAGCGCCGCCCAGCAGGCCCUCGAGGGCGUCUGGGAGUCCCUCCAGACCGCCAACCUGGCCAACGACCAGCUCGCCAUCUCUCGGAACCUCGACCGGCAGUUCGGUGAACUACAUGCAUCGGCCGCACCCUUCAAACAGGACGCCCUGGCCCUCAUCUGGCCCCAGUGCAUCGCCAACAAGACCCUCAAGACCGCCUUCGCCUCCCGCCUCCCGCCCGUCUACUUUGCCAUCCGCCGCGCGAACAUCGCCUUCGUCGCCGAAUACGUCCUCUACGCUAUGCCCGGCGAAGAGGCCUACGGGAAAAACGAUAUCGUCUUCGCCUGCGAGGGCUUCCUGCCCCUCGUCCUCGACCCCGAAAUGGUCCUCGAACCCCAGAGCUGGAAACUGUUCAACGAACUCAAAGUCCAGAUCUACAUCCAACGGCUCGAUCAGAGCGGCCAAGAAGAGGCCGACUCCCGCGUCCUCCCCAACCUGUUCGUCGAAAGUCUGUCGAGCUAUUCCGGGCUAGAAGUGCCUGCGGAGUCGGAGAUCGAGUUUGAGAAGCUGGCCACGGAGACCAAAGAAGAGCUCAUUGGAGCAGGCGCCGAUCUGGCGCUGUUGCAGCGCCGACAUCCGUACAGCAAGUUUGCGGUCUGGGCGCUCGAGUUCCUGCAUCGCUGUGCGAGCCGGGUAGACCACGAGGCGGCGGAGCAAGAGCAGCAGACGGGUGGGUCGUCGGCUGCGCCCCCAUCGAUGGGGAAGUCGAAGAAACGGGCGCGCCAGAGCGAGGACGGCCCGGUGCCCUCGUCGCCGCUCGCUGGCCCCGCCAUACCCACCCCAGCCUCGCCCGGCUCAGCACCGCACUCGUCCGGCGUCCAAGUGGACAUCAACGUGGGUCCUGUGUCGGAGGAAGAGUACGCCCAGGACGGCGAACAAGGCUCCAAAGGAUACAACCCGUACCGGCUGGGAAGAGGCAAGGGCCCGACAUCGGCGCCCCGCAGACGAUGGACCCAGGAGGAGUACGAGCUGCUGCUGGAGGAGGUCCGGCUGCACUCGAACAAGUACGACUGUAUGGCCCAGAUCAUGAAGCGGCAUGGCCGCGGCGGGGAGAUCUCGGAGACGCUCAAGGACCAGAACAACGUCAGCCUCAAAGACAAGGCCCGCAACUUGACGAUGGAGUGGCAGCGGCAUGGGUAUCCUGAAGAUAAGCCCUGGCUGAAGGACGCCUUUGCGCGCUUCUCGGACGACCCACUGGCCCCCACCGACCUUCCCGCACUCGCCUCCUCGCCUCCGCCAGCACCAUCGGCCUCCGAGAUCCAUCCCCUGCUAACCUCGCUCGCCCCGCCGGCUGCUCCUCCUUCGCCGCCUCUGGCUCCUCCAGCCCCGCUCGACCUGGGCCCGCUGGCCCCCUUCCUCUCCGCCCUCUCCGCCCCGUCCUCCGCCGCCAACCCGCUCUUCGCCUCCCCCUCCGCCCGUGCCCCCGCCUCUCCGCCCCUCGCCCUGCCCGCCCCGCUUCUUCCGCCCGCCCUCGACGCCGCUCCCGGUCCUGAUGGGGGCGCAGCCGGGCCCGCACCGGCGGCCCCCGCGCCUCCGCUUCCGGCCCUCGACUCGCCGCCCCCGGCCGCGCCGCCCAUCCUGAUGGACCCUAGCCUCCUGUAG